UCUACUUUUCCUUUUUCUUUAUUCUAAUUGUAUUCUGUUUUUUCACCAGCAACAUAUAUAUACAUGAGAGAAUAUCAAAAUGAGAAACUCAAGAAGAGGCAAAAUGGUGAUAGAAACCAACAGUUCACAUCGACAAAAAUUCGGCAAGCUAAUGCAAUCCGAACCAAAUGAUGCCGAAGAAUUCUCCUUCCGCCUCAGCAAUGCAUCGGACGCGAGUUCGAGACUAUCAAACACCACGGACAGCAAUAAUUUUCAAUACCCAUCUUCAUGGGAACAAUUCUCUCCAUUUUCAGCACCUUCAUGGAAUCAAACAUCUCCAAUAUCAAACUCUCCAUGGACCUCUCACAUCUCCCAGGCAAACAACGACAAUUAUUCUAACACCAACCUAAUAGGCUCCCUUGUCCGCGAAGAAGGCCAUAUAUAUUCGUUAGCAACUUAUGGAGAUUUGUUAUAUACCGGAUCGGAUAGCCGGAACAUUCGGGUAUGGAAGAACCAGAAAGAAUUUUCUGGGUUCAAAGCGAACAGUGGGUUGGUUAAGGCCAUUGUUAUUGCUGGGGAGAUAAUUUUCACGGGUCAUCAAGAUGGGAAAAUUCGGUUAUGGAAGGUCUCUGCGAAGAACCCAAGCGUUCACAAGAAAAUCGGGACAUUACCCACCUUGAAGGACUACAUUAAGAGCUCGAUCAAGCCCAGCAAUUACGUCGAAGUGAGGAAGAAUCGUAAUUCGGUCUGGAUCAAACACUUUGACGCCAUUUCUUGUUUGGCAUUGAGCGAAGAUCAUACCCUCCUGUACUCUGGUUCUUGGGAUAAAACAGUGAAGGUUUGGAGCAUUUCAAAUUCCAAGUGCUUGGAAUCAAUUAACGCUCAUGACGACGCGGUUAAUUCAGUUAUUUCUGGGUUUACUGGGUUAGUCUUUACAGGCUCGGCCGAUGGGACUGUGAAAGUAUGGAGGAGAGAGUUACAAGGCAAAGGUACGAAACAUAUCUUUUCACAUACUCUGUUGAAGCAAGAAUGCGCAGUCACGGCACUGGCAAUCGACCCGUCUGCAAUGAUGGUUUACUGCGGAUCUUCGGAUGGGCUUGUGAAAUUUUGGCAACGAGAUAUGCUUCUCUCCAAUGGCGGUAUGUUGAGGGGUCACAAGCUUGCGGUUCUGUGCUUGGCCACUGCUGGGAAUUUGGUUUUUAGUGGGUCGGCGGAUACGAGGAUUUGCGUGUGGGUUAGGGAGGCAGAGGGGGAGCACGGUUGCCUGGCGGUGUUGACAGGGCACGAUGGGCCAGUGAAGUGCUUGGCGGUGGAGGAAGAGCAGGGAAGGGGAGGAGGAGGGAGGCGGAGUGAGCGGCAUUGGAUUUUGUAUAGUGGGAGUUUGGAUAAAUCGGUGAAGAUAUGGAGAGUGUCGCCGUCUCAUAUGACACAGAUGGAAACAUAGCAGCAGCAGCCCGCAGGUUUCGCCACACCGCCCACUUUUACCUCAUUUCCAAGCUUUUCGUCCCGGCAGGGUAGCAAAUCAACGAGCCAAAGGAAGUAUUACGGCUAGAGGAGGAUCAGAGCCGUUAAUCAGUACAGCAUGUGGUAAUGUCACAAAUACAUUUUUCAUUCUAUUGACGUGAGUUUUAAAUAAGGCCCACACCAAUAGACGUACGAAUGUCUUUUGUGACAUUAACACAUAUUACUAAGUUUAAACAGUAUAAAACAUAAUUUUUAGGUACCAGAAGCAGCUACUCUACUGAACAUACAAAAUUGUAUGGGAAUAAUGUACAAAAAUUUUGCUUGUAUAGUUACAUCAUGUGAACAUGUAUCAAAUGUAUUGCAUUUUUUUUUGAUCGGUAGAAGAUUUCAUUAAUGAAACCCAUAGCGGCACUUACAAGAAUCCAUCCAAACCAAAACUUACACCAAACAAAGUAAAAAUUUUGCAAGAAACACAAAGGAGAGAACCUAAGAAAAUAUUCAGACGCACCUCUCGUGCACGUGCUCGUACUGCGAAGCAGAACCGAUCAUAAGAAUCGGUAAUAGAGCAUGUCUGGAAUAAAUCAUAAAUCUCAACCACAAAGUGGGUAAGCCUAAGAGGCACGCACUGAUGGACUCCCAAUAAAACAUACACGCAAACAGAGCACAACACAAAGGAAAUCAAAAACACAAAAUAGAGAAAACAUAAACCCACACACCAAACAACUUCCAACAGCAACGAUUACCGCAGAUCCGGCGAGGAAGAAGGAGACAGAUCCGGUGAGGCCACGGCCGGAGUUGAAGCGGAGGGAGGAAACACCCCACAAAAGAGGGAGAUGAU